AUGCUGGAUGACCCGAGCAUCGCCCCAGCAGUGGCACCGAUGCUGGAUGACCGGAGCAUCGCCACAGCAGUCCCACCGAUGCUGGAUGCACAGUGCACAGCAGACGCGGCGAUGCUGGAUCGUGAGCAUCGUCAGGGUACCGAGGAGAGCACAACGGGGAUCCACAAUAGCAUGUUGCGCAGCAUGGCAUCCGACGAGCAACCUUCGGAAUCCCCGAUCUUCCCAUCGCAGAUUGAUGUCUCCGAUGGGGAGGAAGCCCUUGGCGAGACUCGUGAGAAAGUUCUUCCGCUUGCUUCGCGAGGUGAUGUGCUGAAGAGGAGCAAAAAGUUUUUCGAGGGAGACAAAGACCUUGAGUUAUUCUGUUUCGAGCAAGAGCUCGAGACAGUUAAAGAGGAGAAUGUCAAGCUCAAGCUCACGACGAAAUCGCAGCAGGACUCCAUCGCCGUCUUGAGCCAAAAGAUCCAUCAGCUGGAGUCGUCCAAAAGCCAGGGCAGCCAGGGCGAACGGUGGUUUGGCGAGAAUGAACAGUUCACCUAUGUAACCAAGCGAGGUGUGGAGGGCAUUGCAAACCAGAAGAGUUUGCAGUGCCAAAGUUUUGACGGGAGCAAAGGGAAAGGGGAAUCUGCUCAAUCUACCUUGGCUUGGGUGUUUCUGAAAUGCCAAAACUCUGUGUUGGCUCAGCGGCCCUUGCAUGUCCUGAGCUAUGACGUCAGCAAAUGUUUUGACAGCCUUCCUUGGGAUGCUGUUCGUGACAGUCUGUUUGCGUGUGGGGUGCAUCGGGCCACGGCUCAAGCUCUCCAUAAUCACUGGCAUUCGCUCAGACGGAUUUGGAAACUCCAAGGCCGCUAUCAUGAUGCAACCUUUGAUGCAAGUAAUGGCUUGUUUCAGGGCGACCCCACGGCGCCGGCGGGCCUCGCUGCGUUCCUUGUUGAGCCGAUGUUGCAUAUUGGACAAGCUUGGCCCAUGGUGCGAGCUUCGCAGUACGCUGAUGACAUUUUGUUGGUGUCUGAAGAUGCCAGCAGCUUGGCAGCAGCCAACAAAUACUUGGAAGGGUGGAUGCGCAAGCAUAGAGUGCAGUUCAAUGUUGGCAAGUGCCACUAUUUCUGCACGGAUACUCAGGCCGCUACUUCCGACUUUCAGGUUGGGGGGAAAACACUUGAAUGCGCCAGUCUUCUGGAAAAUCUGGGUGACCGGUUCCAAUUAGACUCGGAGGGCCUGCCGGUUGCGGAUGAGCAGCAUCAAACCGGAGUUUAUGAGCGUUUCACCGAAGUUGCUCAGCGUUUGGGGCGGCUCUCGGUUGGCUGGGACGUUCGCUCUGCGGACGUGAAGGCUAUCAUGCCUAUGCUUACGUACUCAGCUUUGUUAUGGAACCCCGCGGACUUUUCUGAUGCUCGCAAACAACGACUGAUGGUCAAUGUGUUAUCGGGUGGCAAAGAGAACACGCGUAGGUGCGUGGAGGUAUCCCUUGCGGUGCUUAGUCCGGUUCAUCGCACCCGCAUCCCUGCUGCGUUGCUUCAUGAACAAAUGCUGGUUCUUGGACGCCUCAUCAAUGUCAACGCUGACUUUCGGCAAGAGGUGCAGAAACAUUUUCGUCUGUGCAGUGCCAUGGAAGUGGCCCCCUCGGGUUCCUUCUAUGCCAGCUUUCGGGCGUCGCUCCAGGAAUACGGCUGGGAUUGGUUGAAGUGGCAUACCAUUAGAAGCCGUGAUGGUGUUGAGCACUUGUUAGCUGGGGUCACACUGGAAGCUAGAAGAGCUCAGGUGUGUGCUGAUUUGCGCCGCGCCACUCAAGCUGAUGAUCUCAAGCGGUUAGUUGAGGAAAUGGCCCAGAGCCAUCGCAGCAUGUGCCAUUGGUCUUUGCUGUUGCACUCUCUUCGUGAAGACAUGCGACAAUACAUGUGUGCAAAUGCGGCUCGCAGGAGGCGGGACAUGAAAGGUUUGCAAGAAGUGGAUCGCGAAACGCUGCGGGCUCUCUGGAAGAAGGUGCCUGAAAAUGAUCAUCCAACCCUGCGUUUUCUGAUGCAAGGCGCAGCGAUGACGGCUGAUCGGGAGCACCGUGGUACCAAGGGACGGGUUUCCUCCAUUUGCAGUCACUGUGCAAUGGGGGUAGUUGAAGAUGAAACUCAUCGUUAUUGGCAGUGUCCCUGCUGGACGGAGAUUCGGCAUGAACACUUGGGUGAUGCAUCCGAUGAGUUGUGUGCUUCGCUCAGUCAGUUGCCGAGUGCCGCGUCCGUGUGCGCCCUCCCUGUGAAGCAACUUUCGUCCGGUGUUCGUGUUAUGUGGCCCGAAAUCUGCUCCUGCAUGAUCGCCAUUCACCGGAGAGCGACAGCUGCUCAUGCAAGUUCUGGGUGA